AUGUAUAACAAUCAGACAGUUCAGUUAGUUGGUCGAUUGAGUCCUAAAACUAAGAUUAAUCUAGAAUAACAAAACUCACAUAAGCUCUCAAAUAAAAUGCUGGCUAAACACAUUAAUCCUGAUAUAGCACUUGUGCCAAUGCUCGAUGAUAUCAUACCAUGUAUUAGUGAAAUUGUGAAUUAGAGGAAAAUGUUGCAAUCGGUUCAACCAAUCCAAUAUUAUGAAGAGCAAAGGCCAUCGAGAACUAUUCUUACAACUCAACCAAAAUCUCAUACACAUAAGUCUUCAAGAUCAAUCAAGUCUAAUUCUACUCACAGAGAACAGAAAUCAAGAAUGUCUAAUCAAAAAUAUGAGUUGAUGAGUUGUUGUUCCUGUUCUUGUUGUGGAUGCAGUCGAAAAAGUUCAACUAGACUCAAGAAAUCUCCAACUCCCACUCCUAAAGUAAGAAGAAAUUAUUAAGAAAACCCCUCAACCAACAAAUCAAUAAAAUAAUCUUCAAUUGCUAGUUCUGAAUCAAAAAAGGUGAGAAAUUAGAAGAUUUUGAACUCUUCAUCAAAAACCAAAUAAAAAUGUGAAUAUCAUCAUUAUGAACAGAGACAAUCCCAUUUAACUACUAAUUAAUCAAACAGAAAACCAAGACCCUCAAGUGUGGCUAUUAUCAAUCCUGAAACAGCCAGAAGAUAAAAAUUGAGAGAGUAUUAAGAGAAAUAGAAAUUGUUACAGAAUUUAUAUAGUGCUAAAUAAUUAUAACCAUAACCUAGAGAGCAGAGUCUAUCAAAGGUUGCUUGGAGAGCAGAUAUAUCUAAAAUUGAAGAGGGUUACAAAAGAAGGAGUAAAAUAGAAAAAAUUGUAUAAAUUUAAAAAGAAAUCUUAAACAAAUCUUUGUCUAAACAUAGGAGUGCAUCAAAGCAAGAAUCCAAAAAGAUUGUACCUCCUCUUGAUCAGCAAAAAUUGAAACUCUUGGAUCAAAGGAAAAAAUUAAUGGAAAAGAAAGAUCAAAAAAUUGUUCAUGAUAAAAAGGAGUCUUAAAGAUUAAAGUAAGUACUUCAUUAAUUAAAAAAAUAAAAGUAAGAUGAAAAGGAAUUAAAAAAUAAAAAAACUCAAUAACUCUCUAAAUUAGAACAAUUUCAAAAGGAGAAUAGAUUAUAAUGCAAAAAAAAAAAAUUUGUACCUACAGAAUAAUAAAUUGAAUAAGCAUUUUAAAUUGUAUCAAGUGAUAAAAUAGAUAAUGAACAAUCAAUCAAAUGAAUAUUUUUUGAAUUACACAUAAUAGGAUUAUAAAAUUUAAUUA